AUGGGCAACUCGGGGGGAGGAACUAGUUUCAGUGAAAAUCACAAAGCAGGAUAUUCUCAAGGAAAUUCUAGAAGGCGGGAGGACAGUUCUCAGAGGAUGGCUGCCAGCCUGUAACUCCAGAAGGCCAAGAAAGAUAAACAAGCUUUAAAGAGAAUCAAUAUCAGCCAUUUUUCUACUGACCUGAUUACUCAAGUAUCAGUCAAAGUGGUAUCCAGCUUCAGUAUGGAAGACAUAAUCAAAGGUGUGAAUAGUUCAAAUCCAAUAUGCCAGUCCUUCUGGCAGCUGUGGUAUGACAUGCAGCUAGUGUUUACAAUCACAUGGGCUCUGUCCUACCUGACUGUAUGCUGCAAAGAGUAAAUCCAUCUUGUGGUGACCACAGGGUUCCUGCCCAGACUCAUAGAUCUCGUGACCAGCUCAGAACUCAAUGACUUGAUUCCUUCUCUCAGCACUAUGGGCAGCCUUGUGACUGGAGCAGAUAAACGGACUCAGAUAGCCACCGAUGUUGGCAUGCUGAAGGUACUGGGCAAGCCCCUGAAACACCCAGUGUUCUCCCUUCAGAAGGAUGCUGCCUGGGCCAUGAACAACAUAGCUGCUGGUCCCAAACACCAUAUCUACCCGUUGACAACAUAUGACCUGCUGUCUCCAUUGGUGGCCCUACUACAGAAUAAUUUAAAGUCCAAAGGAAGCUGCAUAGCUAAUUUUGUAACAGGGGAUUCUCAGUGCAAGCUGACUAUUCUUGUCCACUCAGGAAUCUUGGAGCCGCUGCUGAAUCUGCUCACUGCCCCAGACAUGGAGGUUUUCCUCCUCCUCCUCCUC